UUUUGGGAAGUGAUAUCCGACGAACACGGAAUCGAACCUACUGGCACUUAUCACGGUGACUCUGAUCUUCAGCUUGAACGUAUUAACGUCUACUAUAAUGAAGCGAGCGGAACAAAAUAUGUUCCUCGUGCAAUUCUCGUUGAUCUUGAGCCUGGCACCAUGGACAGCGUCCGAGCAGGGCCUUUUGGUCAGAUUUUUAGACCGGACAAUUUUGUGUUUGGCCAAAGUGGUGCAGGUAACAACUGGGCCAAAGGCCACUACACGGAGGGUGCGGAACUUGUCGACGCGGUCCUUGAUGUGGUCCGCAAGGAGGCUGAGUGCUGCGACUGUCUCCAGGGUUUCCAGUUGACACAUUCACUUGGAGGCGGUACUGGCUCUGGCAUGGGAACAUUAUUGAUCUCGAAAAUCCGCGAAGAGUAUCCAGACCGCAUCAUGAUCACCUUUUCUGUGGUGCCCUCACCCAAAGUUUCUGAUACUGUAGUGGAGCCUUACAAUGCAACACUCUCCGUCCAUCAACUUGUCGAAAACACAGAUCAAACUUACUGUAUCGACAAUGAGGCUCUCUACGACAUUUGUUUCCGCACACUCAAACUCACUAAUCCAACCUACGGUGACUUAAAUCACUUGGUCUCCGCCACAAUGUCCGGAGUGACUACCUGCUUACGUUUUCCGGGACAGCUGAAUGCAGACCUCCGAAAACUCUCAGUGAAUAUGGUUCCUUUUCCUCGCCUUCACUUUUUCAUGCCCGGUUUCGCUCCCCUAACCAGUCGGGGGAGCCAACAAUAUCGCGCGCUUACUGUGCCUGAGCUAACGCAACAGAUGUUUGACGCCAAAAAUAUGAUGGCUGCCUGCGAUCCACGUCAUGGACGUUACCUCACUGUCGCUGCUGUAUUUCGGGGUCGAAUGUCGAUGAAGGAAGUCGACGAACAGAUGUUGAAUGUGCAAAACAAGAAUUCCUCCUACUUUGUUGAAUGGAUCCCCAACAAUGUCAAGACGGCCGUCUGUGACAUUCCUCCACGGGGAUUGAAAAUGUCAGUCACCUUUAUCGGAAACAGCACAGCUAUUCAAGAGUUGUUUAAACGUGUAAGCGAGCAAUUCACGGCGAUGUUCAGACGAAAGGCAUUCCUACACUGGUACACUGGGGAGGGCAUGGACGAGAUGGAAUUUACCGAGGCCGAGUCAAACAUGAACGAUCUGGUUAGCGAAUAUCAACAAUACCAAGAUGCAACCGCUGAUGACGAAGGAGAAUUCGACGAUGAUGAAGAUGCCAUUCGAGACACGGAUUAA